AUGUAUCAUGAAGGAGUGGGGGGCAUUGUUGAAUUGGCAGCUGGUUACUUGUCUGCUGCCUAUGAUAGUGUUAGAAAAGCUGGAGGUCUUUGUAUUGCUGACGAGGUUCAGUCUGGAUUUGCUCGCACUGGUAGUAAUUUAUGGGGAUUUGAAUCCCAUGGUGUUCAACCUGACAUAGGUAACUCUUCUCUCCUUGGUAUUGGAAAUGGCAUUCCUCUUGGUGCUGUUGUAACUACUACUGAGAUUGCAAAGGUCUUGACUCGCCGAAGUUACUUUAAUACCUUUGGUGGAAAUGCUGUUUGUACAGCUGCAGGAUUGGCUGUUUUAAAAGUAAUAGAGAAGGAAAAGCUUCAAGAAAAUGCAUUUGUAGUGGGGUCCCAUUUAAAAGAGAGGCAUAAAGCGCUCAAGGACAAAUAUGAAGUAAUUGGUGAUGUAAGAGGACAAGGUUUCAUGCUUGGAGUUGAACUUGUCACUGACCGUGAACUUAAAACACCAGCAAAAGAGGAAACACUGCAUGUGAUGGACCAAAUGAAAGGUAAAGUCUCAAUCCUUAUAGGCUAAGUUGUUCUGGAUUUCCUGCAGUCAAUUCCCUACAUUCUUAAACAGUUUAGUACUUCAGUAUCUCGGAUUUGGAGCUGCGUUAUAUAAACCGAUUUAUAGAACCUAAACGUGUUACUCAUCUAAUUGAAAACUGUUUGAUAAAGUAAUGUAUGGUUUAAGUGAUUAAUUAGUCUGGAACUUAUAGUAGCUAGCUGUGC